AUGCCACUGGCAAAUGGAGGCAGAGCUACAGAGCCCUUUGGAGCCACGAAGGGCCUGCUGCCCACACCUGAAAUGUCUCCGCAGCUGGUCCUAGACCAGCUGUGGGCUGUUCUGUUGGUGAUGUUCAAAAGCCUGGAGCAAGUGCCUGGAGCACUGGGGUUCUCUGGGAAGGUCCUGGUGUGCGCUGCUCUGGUGGUCUUUAUAGUGAGAAGAGGCAUCUCAGGAAGACGAGGGGAAGAGCCGGCCACAAGGGGUUCAGCCUGCGGUAAGGUGGACCCAAAGGCCCGAGCCAAGACUGGGCCAAAACCAAAGGCCCACGCUGGGCCCCCAUCGCCCGUGGUGGAGGACAGUCCUCUUUGGCUCCAAAACCUCUGCUUGGCAGCUCUAAAUGGAACGAGCACAUAUUCCUUACAGAACAUGGUUGACUUGCUGAAAGAAGGAGAGAAAAGCCAGCCUCCUGAACUUCCCCAGGUGCUGGACACACAACAUGUCUCAGUCACUUCACAGCAUGAUGGAGAUCUUCAGAGGAGGACCGUGGCCAGUUUGGAUGACAACAGGGACCUUCAGCAAGUCCUUCCAAGACAGAAGCAACAAUGGCAUGACAAGGAGAAGAAAAGAAGCCUGGAGAGCGCGAAGGCAGUAAUGAACCGGGCUGAGAGUGGUCAAGUGAGGCGACGGUCAUCCCUGGCCCACACCCUGCUCAGCCCCCUGCAGCUGCCCAGCCCCAGGAGUGGCCUUCCGGAGGACGGGGACGUGGAGGUGGAGGGAAACAGGGGAGCAGGACAGGCCGAUCGCUCCGCAUCCCUGCCACAAGUCCCUCUGAAGAGUUUCAGUGAUGAUGGUGAUUUAACUGCAUGCUUGGGAAGUCCUGAAGAGGAAACUGGAGAAGUAGCCGGACAACUGUGCAAAGAAACCAGAAGGAGGGAAGAGCUGGAAGAACAAAUUGAAACCUUGCAAGCCCAGGAGGCCUCUCUGCAGGAAGACAAUGCGCGGCUGGACAGGGAGAUCCAGGAGCUCGAGCUGAGGCUGCAAACACUACCUGCUUUGGAGCAGCAACAUGUGACGGAACCUGAGAGGAAAUUGAGGGAGGAGGAAGUCCACUGCUCGGAGAUGGAGAAGAGACUCGCCACCGUGUCAGAAACGGUAAACCGCACUCGGCAGACAAGAGACAUCUACAAGAAGAUGGCUGAGGACCUGGCCCAGGAAUUGGAGACAUCCACUUCCUUUUAUCAGAGGGACAUCCUCUUCCAUGAGCGUGGAGUGCAGGAUAGCCGGUUAGCCGCUGUGUCCACUGAGCGGGACGUCAAGUUGCUCAGGAGAGAAAACAACUACAACAGGCAGAAGCUGGCUGCCCUCCAGGCCACGUUCCAGCCUUUCCCCAGCGGCCCUUUGGCUGCCAGGGCUCCAUGGGCAGCCCAUGGGCCCGGAAGUGCCAUGGGGGCCGUGGGCCUUCAGCUCCGCCGGCAGAGAGGAGGGUCGCUGCUGUGA